ACCGCAGCUGUUAGUUCAUCAUUUUGCUCCCCUGGACAGCCAGGGCUCGUGGGCUCCACCACUGCGCUGCACAGAGCAGCUUACUUUCCAUUCCCGUCGAGCGCUUCCCAUCUCUCCGAUCUCCAGCUGUCCCUUGCCUCUCCUCGCGCUGUCGGUCCUCCAUGUGUGUAGUGAGGGAUAUCUAAAUCCCGUGGAGUAUGGAUUUUGUUCGCAGGAGUGUUUUGAAGCUGUGGCAUGACAUAUUUCUACUUAGUUGAUGCUGACUACCAGAGGAGAGCUACUGGAUACUGCAAGACAAUUCUGACGCCACCUGUAUCGGACGCCGAAUGGGUGCUUUUGGAGAGCUUUCUUGGGAGUCGAAAAUUGUGUAUUCUUUUUAACGAUACUAGAAUAGCCUCCAUACUUGGAUGAAGCACAUGAACGGCAGUUUAGAGUGCAAUUGUAUCCAAUGAGGAAUUAUAUUGUAUUACAAACUUUAAAAACCUUUCUAAUCAAAGACAAAGCAUGUAACCACAUAUAAAUUAUCUUUUUAAAUGACAGAAGGCGUUGGAAAUUUUUUCCCUAGGGGUAGGCUAAGUCUAUGCGUUAUGGAGCAUCGAUGACGUAGAAAUGAACAAGGGGAACUAAAGAGUGAACACAGAGAAACAUCUUGUGCGCUACAACUUGUAGCCCUAAUGUAGGAGAUAUUAUUUUCCAGUCACGCAGCCUUCUGUGGUUGAUUCUGAUACCAGCACCUCCGCAUGAUUUCUAUUUCAGACUCUUGUGUGAGUUUUAAAGGUUUUUCUACUUAUGUGAAACUGAUAGGCUUUCAUGUUGCACCUGGGAGAAUGGGGAGGUUAUCUCUCUCUGGGUCCUGUCCGUUCUGCGCGCCGUCCUAAUGCCUUGCAGGAACGGCUGCUGCUGCGGCCUGGGCGCGUUGAACGAAGACAACGCGCGGUUCCUGAUGUUGGCGCUCCUCAUAGUUCUCUACCUGCUUUGCGGUGCAGCGGUGUUUUCAGCGCUGGAGCACCCAAAGGAGCGACAGGCGAAGGAACGAUGGUCUCAGCGCUUCGAGAGCUUUACCCAGAGACACAACCUCAGCCGGGAGGACUUGGAGACAUUUCUUCGGUUCUAUGAAGAGGCGAACGUCGCCGGGAUCCGCGUGGACAUUCUCAGACCUCGCUGGGAUUUCACCGGCGCAUUCUAUUUCGUUGGAACUGUGGUUUCAACCAUAGGGUUUGGGAUGACCACUCCGGCCACGGUAGGCGGGAAGAUAUUCCUUAUCUUCUACGGCCUGAUUGGUUGUGCUUCCACCAUCCUCUUCUUCAACCUCUUCCUGGAGCGCAUCAUCACCGUGCUUGCCUUUGUCCUCAAAUCCUGUCAUGAGCUACGGCACCACCGCCAGGCUGUAGUACUACAUCCAGGCCAUCAGGGGGUGCCGCUGAGAGAUGAAAGAGACAGCCUGGCAGGAUGGAAACCGUCGGUCUACUAUGUGAUGCUGAUACUCUGCAUGGCAGCCAUCUUGAUUUCGUGCUGCGCUUCAGCCAUGUACUCUGCAAUAGAGGGUUGGGCCUAUCUGGACUCUCUGUACUUUUGCUUCGUUACAUUCAGCACCAUCGGGUUUGGGGACAUGGUGAGCAGCCAGCGGGCUGCAUAUGGGGAGAACCAGGCGGCUUACCGCUUUGCCAACUUUCUCUUCCUGCUGAUGGGGGUGUGCUGCAUUUACUCUCUCUUCAAUGUCAUCUCCAUCGUCAUCAAACAGACCCUGAACUGGCUGCUGAGGAGGAUGGACCUGGUGUGUAGGGGCUGCUGUCCCGCUGGCAAGAGAUUCCGACCACGUCGUAAUGCAGUUAUGCCGGCUGGUGCUGCCCAUCUGCGGGCCAGGCGUAACAUCUCCAUAGAAACCGAUGCCGUGAACGAGAGCGAGACAGAUGGAGGGAGGAGAAUGUCCGGAGAGAUGAUCUCGAUGAAGGACUUCCUUGCAGUCAACAAGGUUAACCUGGCACUAAUGCAGAAGCAGUUGUCAGAAGCAGCCAAUGGGAAUGCUCGACCGUCUGGCUCCACCAAUAGAGAAAAUGGCUUUUCUGGUGGGGUGGGGGCUCUGGGGAUCAUGAACAACCGUUUGGCAGAGACCAGCGUGGAUAGAUAGACUCUACCAUACAACCACAAGCUACUGACACAUCUCUCCACAGACCAGACUUCAGACAGAUACACCUGUUUAAGGGAUGUGUUAGUACUUAGUAGACAGGAGUCUCUUGUGUGUUUCAGGUCUCCUUUCUAUUUCUUUCUUUGUAUCUCGUAAACCAUAAAUAUUAUUUGUAAAAAUAAAUAAAACAUUUCAUAAACUACUUUUAGAUAUUAUGGGAAACAGCAAAUUAUAUGAAACAAUUUGUUUGUAAAGAGUAAAGAGACCUGAGUUCAAGUUAAUUUGAAUGGACUCUUAUCUGGAGGGUAAUACAUAUGUACAGAUGGGGAUGUUAAACCCGAGACUGCACACACACGCACACAAAUCUGCUCACUCAACACACACACACACACACACGUUUACAAACAGAGAAAACACAAAAAAAAUAUGUCUAACAUAUAAACAAAAAUCCAUGAGGUUGGCAUUCAGUCAUGGGUAGCAAUAGAAAUUGAAUACAUUUAUAUUCAAGUCACUUUUGUCUCAGAUGUGAUCCUCUUAAGAAUCACUAUUCAAAAGAUUGAGAGAGCUUGUUUGAAGGUGGAACUGUCUAUACCUGUUGUUAUGAAUUGCUAAUCUUCUGCUUCAAAUUAGCCAGGUGUUCUGAGUCUGUGUACACAAGUGUAUUUUUAUAUGUGUGUGCGUGUGUUGUUAAGGGCCUGGUAGAAGAGGGGGAAGACUUGUGUGUGUCUGUGUGUGUGUGUGUGUGGGGGGGGGGGGGGGUGGCAGGAGGAGUCACCACAGUCCUGAAUAAUAGAUAACAGAGAACAUAAAACACAUUUUUUCUCUUUUAUUCUCUCUCCUCUCCUCCCAUCUCCCACCCCUUGCCUCAUUCCAUCUCUCCUGGGCCUGGAGACGAUGUUAGAAUGUGUACCUGUGAGGAUUUGUAUGUGAAAUCAGGAGGUACCACUGAGAGCAGAGGCAGGAGAAGUAAAUGACAAGUGAACGGAGCCCUUAUAUUCCAGUCUUCCCAUCUCUGUUCCCAUUGCUCCUGACGUCCUGAGGCUGUCCUACUUAUCAACAUGAUGCAAGAGAUCAACUUGUACUGUGCUGAGAUUAUCUGAAUGACAGCAAUAUUGUAAAAUGAUUUUACAACGGUCUGAGAGUCUUCUCAGAAAAUAAAGGAAUAUAUUUGCAUUCACAA